UUUCAUUUCAUUGUUCUGUUCUCUUUCUGCUGGUGCUGUUUUGGUUUUACUGCAAUUAUCUAUUUAAGAACGCAACGAAACCCGAUGCACCUGCCCAGUGCACGAAGUGUGGGUGUGCCCAGUGUCAGUUUCAUUUAUAAAACUAUGAGUUUCACACGAUUUCCACCGCAGCUGACCGAUUGACCGAUCAGAGUCUCUCACGCCCCCUCAUGUGUUUACCCUUUGUCUUACGUUCUAUUUGCGUUUCGUGUCCGCUUUAAAUCGCCUCAUUUGCAUAAAACUCGUCUUUACGUCACAAGUUUCCAAACAAAAAAAAAACGAAAACAACAAAGGAGGAGGAGAGAAACACGCCCAUUCUCGGAGGAAAUAUUAACACGACCUGUUUGGAGUCCAGAAUGUGGAAGUGCCACAAGUGCGGCAAACCCGUUUACUUCGCGGAACGUAAACAAUCGCUUGGCUACGAUUGGCAUCCGGAAUGUUUGCGCUGCGAGGAGUGUGGCAAACGUUUAAAUCCUGGCCAGCAUGCUGAGCACAAAAGUGUACCCUACUGCCAUGUCCCGUGCUAUGGAGCCCUAUUUGGACCCCAGUUGUUUGGCCAUGGUACCCGCGUAGAAUCCCACAAGAGUUACGGGUUAAAGGGAGCUCAAAAACCAGCUGGAGCUCAGUCCAAUGGCCCCACACUGCCACGAGAUCACCUAGAGUCCAAGCUGAAGGUCUACAACCAAUUCUACGACAACAAUAGCCUGGAGAUACGCAGUAGAGAGGUCAACAACCGCUUAGUGCUGGAAGGAGCACUGAGAGUUUAUUGGGGCGUGCAGGGAAUGAUUCAUCUCAAGGAGGAUGACGAUCAGCGGAUAUUAGUGCGGAAGAGAAACUCCUGUCGCGUGUCCAAGGCAGCCAAUGAAAGCAGUUCGGACAAGGAAAAUGAUGCUAGCGAAUCAGUAGGUCCGCCUUCAACGACUACCGGCGAGGUGGAUCAGCUUUCCACGGAUGUAUCACUUUCUGAGAGCAUGACCUUCGACUCCUGCAGCUUAAACGAGAUUUCCGAGCUGCCGACAACCCCAGAAGAUGCCUCGGCCAACACCACAGCUAACAGCAAGGAUGUAACCAAUGGUAAGGUGUCCAAUGACGAUGAUGAUACGACCACCACUGAUUCCUCCGGCACUUUGGUUGAGGCUCCAACGGCGAGCACAAGUUGUGUUUCCAGCACAUUGCCUUCCAAACUGGAUCACCUAGAAAAGCUGGACUGGGACGACAUUGAUGAUCUGCUGCAGGUGGAAAGACGUCACAAUGACAAGGAUCGCAUCUACGAAACAAUGCCGGUUAAACUGCCGUCGUCACAUUCAUCCAGCGACAGUUCGCCAAGCAAAACAUCAACUGAAACCUCGACCACCACUGAAUCGAGCUCCACUCAAUCGGCCACAACCAACAGCAGCAGCACGGAUAACUUUAUGACAGCCACUGGCUCGUUGACCGCCAAUACCAAUACGCAGAAUACCACAACAGUGUCCACGACCGAGACAUCUCUGGAUAACUAUGAGACUUGCGAUGAUACUACCUUAAAGCCCAUGGAUUUCGAGGACUUUAAAAGAAGUGUCCAUCAGGACUAUGUAAACGGCGCCAACUCAUUUAAGGAACCCAACGAUGGCACUCUAAAGCGUAACCAGCCAAUUGAUCCCUCUCGUAUUCAUGAUUCCCUAAAGCUCUACGGCGAGAAUUCGGUGAUGAGCAAAAGCUUUAAUUGUGAGCAUGCAUUGCGCUCCAUAGAUCCCACUUUAAUCAACGACACCAUGAAUCUGCGCAGUAGUGUAGCCUCACCCCGCUCCACACAGCGUCAGUACGCCUUGCAGAAGAGCGGAUCAGCAUCCGCGUCUACAGUUACCAGCAGAGAUCAGAAAAAGCCAUAUCAGCAGGGACGGCAGCUGUUCGAGAAAGGGAUCAACCGCUCCAAGUCGGGACCCAGCUGCUUUGUUUAUUCCGACAGUGAUGACGACGAUGAGACAACUCUGCGUCCCCAACGCUUAGCCACUAUAAGACGCAGUGAUGUCCCGGCCCGGUACAUUCAAAUCCAGAUGGAUUGUUAUCCCAAAGAGAAUGUCGCUGCCGGCAGCGAGGGUGAGUCAAGCCGUGCAGAUGCUCCAUCUAUAACCAGUGGAGCAGCUGCCGGCGAUGAGCUGACGCAAACCGAGGAGCUGUAUACAGCGAGCGAGGGAGUUGGAGGUCCAGAAGCAGAUGGAUCGGCUGGUUUGCAUGUAACGGAAGAUGGUGUGGUUCUGAGAAGGCCCCCACGCACUGGAGCUGCAGCCAUUAAACGACGCAGUGGUAAUCGUCGCUCUCGUACCAAGCUUAAACGUCGGUGCUCUAUCAAUGGUCACUACUACAAUCGGGAGACGUCGUUCUUCACGCCACCCUUCGGUUCUCAAAUGUCUGUGUGGGUUUCGUCGAUGGUGACCACCACGGAAGUUAUCAAUUUGGUGCUGGAAAAAUAUAAGGUAGACAGUUCGCCGGGCAACUUUUCUCUCUUCAUUGUACGUGACAAUGGUGAGCAGAAGCGUCUAAAGGAUGACGAGUAUCCCUUGAUAACUCGCGUCACUUUGGGCCCUCAUGAGGAUGUGGCUCGUAUGUUUUUAGUGGACUCGCGCAAAACUGAUGAAAUCAGUAAUGAAGUUGCUCAAUUUUUGAAUCUAUCGCUACCCGAGUGCCGCGCCAUUCUAGAGCGUUACGACCAGGAAGUGGCCCGUGAGAUCGCCAAAAUAAAGGAAAGAUACGCUGAAUUGCGCCGCCGUAUUGUGAGCCGCAUGGAAUCUCUCAAAGUGCAUUUGUAAAACGUAAACGGAAUCUCUGUCAUAAGAGCAAUUUUUUAUUAGCCAUAACAUGAAUGCGGCCAAAAAAAAUAGUGUCGGCAGCAGCACAGCUAAUAGUAUUCACGUUUUUAUACAAGAUAUAUAUAUAUUUUUAUGUAGGAUUUAGAGAAAAUUACGAACUAGGAACAUUAGGCGCCCAGUGAACAAAAGGAGCAGCUGCUGCACGUCGCAAAUACAUAUAUUAUAUAUUUUACGUUUAAGGUUCGAUUCUUCCCAGCCGAAACUAACAAUCAUUUCCAGGCAUUUCCAUUCGUUUAGAAAGCGUUUAAGACUUGUAACUAACCAAAAAAUAAUUAUUAAUCCGCACACAUUACCAUACAGUUUUUGUUUUGUGUUUAUAAUCAAAAUAUGUGCUUUGUGCAGUCACUUUAAAAGCGAAUGUCAUGUAUCUAUUGUACAAUCUUGAGCUUUUAAAACGUGACGUUUAGUAUGAAGCACAGGUCCUGCUAGUAGAGUGUAGUUGAAAGCCAUUUUAUCGAGUCAUUGAACAAAUGUGUGAAAAUCAAUUUGAUUAGCAAUUGCAAUGCCUGCGUAACAAUAACAAUAACUGUAUACUACAUACUACAUAUUGCAUAACAUGGACUUGUUGAUUGAAAAUCAUUUGGAAAUCCAAUAAAAUGUAAAGUUUUACAAGAGAA